AUCAAGCUAAAAAAGGGCGUAUCUUGUAAACUCAAGUAAACAAAGCUUCUGGGUACAGGUGUCAGCUCUUUGACAAAAUACUUUUUGAGCUGACAAAAUAGAUACUAGCUAGACUAGACUGUGAUUGAGCUGAAGUAACUCUGCAGAUCAGGGCUAUACACUUAUCUUGCAGCUACUAGAGUCCCUGGCCGCCCCAGGCCAGGGCAGGUCAGGAAGGUCAGGACAAUGGCAGCAAGUCAUGAUCUGGGUCAGCAACUCCUUGAGGCUUCCCAGCGUGGUCGUGUGGACGAGGUGGAGAGGCUGCUGGCUAGAGGAGCUCCUGUAGACUGGAGGAACAGUCUUGAAUGGACCGCUCUCCAUACAGCAUGCAACAACAACCACACUGAUGUAGUGAAGAUACUCACACGGCAAGAUGGCAUCGAUGUCAAUAUACAGGAUACUAUUAAGGAAACUCCCCUGCACUGGGCCUGCUACAAGGGACACCUGAAGUGUGUCCAGUUACUAAUGGCAACUGGACAGUGUGACCUAGGAGCUGUUAACAAUGCUGGACUAACUCCACUGAGAGAGGCAGUCAGUAGGGGGAGGCUGGACACUAUCAAGUACCUCAUCACAGAGUGCAAUGUUGAUAUCAAUGUCGGUGACGGACUAGCUCCACUGGGACUGGCAGUCAGAAGGGGGAAGCUGAACACUAUCCUGAUCUCAGAGUGCAAUGUGGCUGUCAAUGAUGUUCUUCUACUUGCCUGCCAGUAUGGGGUUACCAAAAUCGUGGAAUAUCUUUUGAAUGACGUUGUUGGCUGUGAUCCUAAUAUCAAAGAUGACGAUGGACACACACCACUCUUUCUUGCAGGGAACAAGGACGUUAUUCUACUCUUGCUGCAACACGGAGCUACUGCUGAAAAUGCAUAUUCCCAGCAUCGCAAAGCUCUUGGUAAAGUGUUUUCAAAGGAUCCUCUGAAAAAUCCAGUGAAGAUACUUGUUAUCGGUCACGGUGGAGAAGGAAAGAGCACUCUCAUUGAAGCAAUGGAACACGAGCCAACUGCACUCACAUCUCUAGUCAACAUCUUCGUCUCUCCUAAAGAAGUCGAUGGAGUCAGCCAGAAAACAGCCGGAAUCAUCCCACGAUUAUUCAAAAGCCGUGUCUUUGGAGAUGUGUUGGUCUAUGACUUUGCUGGUCAAGAGGUCUACUACAGCAGUCACGCUGCAAUUAUCAAGUCAGCAGUUGAUGCAUGUCGGCCCAUUAUUGUCCUAGUCCUAGGGCUCCAUAAAGAUGACACCUACACCACUCACUCUGUCUCUUAUUGGCUGGGCAUCAUUGCCAACCAGUGUGCUAAUAUGGAGGGCAAAGCACCACUCAUUGUGGUAGGUAGCCAUGCUGAUUGCUUAACUGACGAUCAGAAGAUUUCAAAGAAAGAAGAGAUUGUUUUGGAAGCUGUUUCGAGAUAUCCGACCCUGGAUCUGCUGAAGUUCAUUCCCAUGGAUAAUCGCUACUCCAACUCUAGUGGCAUGAAGAUACUGCGAGCCACUGUCGGCCCUGCUUGCGCCAGCAUUCGAUCAACGUUGGCUGUUUCUUUAAAUGCACACAUGUUUCUGAUUUACCUUCUUGGCAAGAAUAACAUUGCGUUAUCACUGGAGCAUGUUCAGCAACAAAUAAAAGAAGAAUCCAGUCAAGUUCUUUCCAAGAAGCACAGAGAAGUUGUACCAUUCAUUCCGACAACCGUUCCUCUUCUGGUUGAUAUCUGUGUUCAACUCAAUGACAAAGGUCACAUCCUCUUCCUACACAACACCAGCUCACCAGAGAAGAGCUUCAUUGUCAUCAAGAAAGAAGAGCUCUUGGGUAAAGUCAAUGGCUCCAUAUUUGCUCCAGAAGAUUUUGAUCAGCACUGUCAACUCUCCACAAGUACUAGCACUGGUGUUAUACCUUGCUCCAAGCUGGCUGCUCAAUUCCCUAAAUUGGAUACUGACAUGCUCACUGGAUUUUUGAUUAAUCUCGAGUUUGCUGUGCCCAUUGAAGACUCGGAAGUCCUCUGUCUAAUCAAUCAGCAUCGAAAAGACGCUGGUAAAUCCGUGUCACUUGAUGAGAAAUAUCUAUUCUGUCCUGCCCUCAUCCGGUUAGAAGUUGACACAAAAGUGUUCGAGCAUCGCGAUGACCUCGCUUAUCAUUUUGGUUGGGUUAUGUCGUGCUCUCACAAGGACCAGUUUCUGGACGCUCGAUUUCUCCACGUUCUCCUGCUUCGAAUAUCUCUCUCCCUUGGGCUUGCUCCAAUCAUAGAUUCUGACGUCCCUUUUCUACAACGUACAUGCUCGGUCUGGAAGACUGGUGUUUGCUGGGGUACGGCUGACGGUAUCAAAGUUUUGGUUGAGGUCAUUGACAAGCAGAAAGUGGUUGUUUUGAUUCAAGCUCACCAUCUCUCACUGGAUCUAUUCCAGCUGCGCUCUACUGUGAUGAAGAAAAUUGUUGACACCUCCACUGAGUUAUGCUCUACUGUAGUCACUGAGGAGGCCCUCCUUCCUCCUCAUAGUGUGACCUACCCUCUGGAAGAUACACACGUCUUUAAUCUCAAGUUUCUCGCUAAAAGCAUAAUCAACCAAAAAAUGUGUGUCGUAUCUACUAACAAUGUAGACACCAUCCCAUUGAGUGAUCUGCUCCAAGCUGAAGUGUACGCUGAUCUCGGUGAGAAUAUUCUACAGCUUCUGUUCAAUCCAGAAUGCAAGGAACUGUCUGAUCGAUUCAUCUCGGCCCUUGCAACUUGUUGGAACAAGAAUCCUCGACUGGCUGAUAUCGUACGCACAGCUAUUACUGAGAAUGCCAGCACUGCAUUUCAGGAGUGCAAUAAUCUCGAUGAUGUUUUGAAAGUCUGGAAAAAGACUAGAGAUUCCAGUGGUGGAGCACUGAGAAGAAUUCUGGAUCCACUUAGUGUGUUUGCUGGACGAAACCCUCUCGAACUGGCUGGUGUUGCUGCUAAGCAGACUAGUGAUGAUCUACUACCAGCCCCCAGACCAACACCAAACUGUCCAAGCACAGGACCAGCUGCUAAUCGAUCCACUCUCCAAGAUCUAGUGAGCAGAUACAGUCUGAUUGACAAGCAGCUCAAUAGUGAAAUAGGGGACUCAGAUAUUCUCUACGUGGCCGAAUAUUUCGACGGGUCGAAAAUCUAUGCGAAUGCAAUGGGACUAACUCCUGCAGAACAGGCCGAUGUGAAUGAGUUGUACCAUAAAAAUGGAACUCAAGUAGCCAUGACUGAAUGCUUGAUUAUCUGGAAAAGACACAAUCCUUACGCAGCAACUUACAAAGCUGUACUGGAGUUGUUACUGAGACUGAGAAAAGACAAGAUAGCUGAUGAUAUCUGUCAGCACUUGACUCAAUGAGGUGUCACUGUGUGUCAUGUGUGGAGAUUACAUUGGUGUACAGGAAUGUUAACACUAGCUUGCUCAAUAGUAUUACUACUCACCUUAUUACUCACAAUUUAGUUUGUUAGUAGCUUCAUUAAUUAAUAAAUUAAUUAUUAUUGUGUAAUAAUUAUAAUACGUUAAAAUUUUACCAUCCAAGAAUAUAAUUUUUUUAUUCUGUUUCUAUAAUUAUGCACUAUAUUUUUGUAGUUCUUUUAUUAACUUAUUAUUGACAUUAUAAUU